GAAGACGCGGACAGAAGACCCGGACAGAAGACGCGGGUCGGCUAACCAAUGGGAGGGUUCGGCGGCCGGCGGGCGGGGGAGAAGGCAGUCUGGUUGCGGCCCUCACCGAAGAAGGACUUGUACUACCCUCUCCUCCAGCCCUUCUCCGCCUCCUCCUGCCAGGAUGUCGUCAGAUCGCAAAGCCGUCGUGAAGAACGCGGACAUGUCGGAGGAGAUGCAGCAAGACGCGGUGGACUGUGCAACGCAGGCCAUCGAGAAGUUCAACAUUGAAAAGGACAUCGCCGCCUACAUCAAGAAGGAGUUUGACAAGAAGUACAACCCCACGUGGCAUUGCAUCGUGGGGCGUAACUUCGGCAGCUACGUCACCCACGAGACCAAACACUUCAUCUACUUCUAUCUCGGCCAGGUGGCAAUACUGUUGUUCAAGAGUGGCUAAGUGAGCCCCCGACGCCCCUCCCCCGCCCCGACCCCAAGUCCGGGGCUGCGGGGGGGGCCACUACUAGAUGUAUAUUUCUCAAGCAGGCAGACAUCCCCCUCCCCCUCCCACCCAGACUAACACUGGUGACCAAUCAAAGUCGUAAGUCUGUUCAGGGCUGCCACCAAAUGCAUCUCGACAAGGCUCGUCCUAUCUCACUCGCUUUCUCACUAACGGAAGUCGCUCGCUCACCCUCCAGCUGCGGCACUCACUCAUUACUAGGCUCCUGUGCGUAGGUAACCAUCUUGUCCUGUCCCUUCGUUUCCUGGCACUACUGUGGAUGUGGGGCGCGUGGGGGCGUGUCUGUGGGAGGUGGAGUGGCGUGAAGGGGACACAGCUGGAGUGGUGUAUGUUAUUUAUGAUGUUCGUCAUGACUGCACAAGAACUUUUUCAUCCGGGAAUAUCCAUGAAUUUUUCCUAUUUGCGUACCUCUAUAGUGUAGGUAGUCUAUCCUCCUCUAUUCUCUCCUAUCCUCUCGUACUUCCUUUCAUCUUCCCCGCCUGUUCCUCUCGUCUCCUCGUCUGGUCUCACACUCAUGCAUUCGAAGCAAGACAUCCUCGGCAUUAGUCUUCGGCCGAUGCAUAAUCCUGCCUCUAGUUCUGUACUUAAAUAAGAGUCUAUUUGCUUGCGAUGGUUCUCUAGCUUGUAGUUCAUCUCCACUCAUCUCUGUAACACUAUUGUUGGUCUGUGUCACAUCUAGUAGUCUCAGUCUGGCCCGCCACACACCCUUACCCUCACCAGGCGUGGGCUCGCUCUCUCCCGCUGGCCAAGUCUCGUCCCAGCGCGUAAGAGCACACUACAAUUACCACUAUUCUGUUUUGUUACUCCGUUUCUUUUUUUUUACUUACUUACAUUGAGAGAAUUUUAUAUUUUCUGUUUAAAAAAAAAAUACUAAACAGAACGUGUACAAUUUACGUUAUUAUCUUUUUUUGUCUUGUUUGUUUUUGAUUCUUCUUUGUCAAUCAAGGAAAGUGUUGUUUCUGUGAUGUUCAAAAAAAGGUAAAUACAAUCUAUUUAUGUGU